AUGUCUCUAUUCAACAACCAGGUUAUCUCAGGCUUCGGUAACAUCCUAAAGCCAGCGGCUUGUCCUGCCACUGAUAAGCCAGACAAGCAGAGAUGCUUUGAGAUGAUUUGCCUCUUGCUGAGCCUUGUGGGAAACUACGAAGGCAUUUUCAUCAAACCCGACGAUCAUGACCUACUGCAUAUCCAGCUUCACCCCCUUCCUGGCGGGGAUGGAGGGCCGAGUGAGCAUCUGCGCCAAUUCUUCAAGCCCUGGGCUCGUUCUGAGAUCGAGAAGUACCCAAUCCACUUCGACGACUCCAUGUUGGCCAAGGCUUUGGAAUAUCGGAAAUACGUCAUGGCACACGGCCCUAAAUCCGAAUAUGUUCGACAAGGGUUUACACUCUUUGAGCGGCUAGGCUGUAUAAGCUCGAUUCUGGUUUCCGAGUUUAUGGAAUAUACUAGGAACAACAUGCCCGAUGGCCGACCCACGAUCAGGUCGAUGACCCAGUGGAGAUAUCAACGGUGA